CGGCACUCAGUGCGCAUGCGCCGGCUGAACAGGAAGCGUUAACAUUUUCUUUUACCAGCUGAUAUAGCCAAACUGUCAACAGUCAAACCUGCGAUACCUGCGCCGCUGAAACGACACUAUACAAGGUAAAACAAGGAGCGAAGAGAGGUCAAGACACCAUCAGCGAGGCUCGACUUCACUCUGGAACGGAAGUGUAAGUGACUGACAUCCCAGAAGCACCCGUCUCCAGCCCAGGGAGGAGGCCCAGCCCACCUGCCGUCUCCUACGAGGGCCGGUAUGAGCUCCAGAGGGAGUGGAGGCCGCUCCAACGGCACACUACCGCAGACCAAGAUCUGCCAGUUCAAGCUGGUGCUGCUGGGCGACAUGGCUGUGGGCAAGUCCAGCCUGGUGCUGCGAUUCGUCAAGGGACAGUUCGAUGAGUUCCAGGAGACGACCAUAGGAGCUGCGUUCCUGGCUCAGUCGGUGUGUCUAGACGACACCACAGUGAAGUUUGAGAUCUGGGACACUGCAGGACAGGAGCGAUACCACAGCCUGGCUCCGAUGUACUACCGUGGUGCUCAGGCAGCCAUUGUUGUCUUUGACAUCACCAAGCCGGAGACCUUUGAGAGAGCCAAGGCCUGGGUGAAGGAGCUGCAAAGGCAGGCCAGUCCCAACAUUGUUAUUGCCCUGGCCGGGAACAAGGCUGACCUGGCAGAGAGGAGACUAGUAGAGUACGAGGAGGCCCAGACGUAUGCUGAAGACACUGGCCUGCUUUUUAUGGAGACCUCUGCUAAGACAGCUAUGAACGUCAAUGAGCUCUUCCUGGCCAUUGCAAAAAAGAUGCCAAAAACAGACACCCAAAACCCUACACAUGCAGCGCGACACCGGGGAGUCAACCUCCAGGACCCAGACGCCCACUCCACCCGAGCCUGCUGCGGUGGGAACUAAACCUCCGCAAGUCCCACCAGUAUUCCACCAUCCACACCACCACAGCCCUUCAACCAUCCUGUCUCCUUCAACCAACUUACAGGGGUGGGCCUGAUGCGGGGAGACCCAGUGUCCACUCACCCUCUUACCCUCCACUCAUCCUCCUGUCAAAGCAGACAGAAAUUCAGAGACAGAAAUUCAAAGGAGAGAAUAAGAGGAAAGGAAGAGCGAGCACAGAUGGAGGAGACGUGUCACACCUGCGUCUCUUGACCAGCAACUGAGAUUCUGCGUUUGGAAAGAACGAGGGAGGUAAACUGAGAUUGAGAGGAGGAAAAUAAAGAAUGUGGAAGACAGUGGCGAGCCUGUUGUAGUAUUUAGCACUAAUUGUGAACUUUCUUUUUCAUCUCAUUCUGCCUUGCAUUGUUUAGUCACAUCCCCGGUUGCGUAAAAAUGCACAAAAUGAGCAGCACAUGCUGUCAAGUGGCCAAGAAAGCAAAGGAGAAAAAAGGGCAAAGACAUAAAACAAAAAAAGCCAAAACGUAAAGUUGUGACCGCUUUCUUCUUCUCCGUUUGUCGGAGCUCGCGCCCGGCUUGCUUUGCCUCCUCCUAGACCAGAAUCAAACAAAUCCUGCUGUGAAUAUCGCCACAUAUUGUACCCCUGGAAUGAUCCCAUGAUUUGUAAUCCCUCCCUGUCCUGCCUGACCUUCCCUGGUGUCACUGGCACUGUCGAGGCGCACAUUAGAUAAGACCCAUGGCACAGUUUGCUCAAGUCCAUUUGUACGUAUUUAUUGUCCUGUGUUCUGAGUGCUCCUUCCACUCACAUCUCUCCUCUCUCUGUGUGAGGAAAAGAUUUAAACUCUACAUGAUGGCUGGUUUUACAUUGUGUUUCUGAUUGAUACUUUUGGUCUGAUGGACUUGAUAUUUUAAUGAAAGAUUGCUGAAGUGCCGUGUUCCUCACACAUUUUGGGUGUCAAUGCCUUGCUCGAGUGCUAUAAGGAAAAAUGUGAAGCAACAGGCUGUCGCUGUGUACAGCAACGAUGUAGGAUUGAUCUGGAGUGUAUGUAGUGACAUGACAUUGAAGGCAAACAGGUGUUUUUAAACCUGUACCCUGUGUUCUCAAGUUUUUGUGUCUCAGUGACUAAUGAAGACAACAAUUUUGGAAGCUGGUCCAGUAUUCAGAGAGGUCGCUGCAGCAAAACAGGCGAUGUGCCGUCAAUUUACAUCCAAUAAAAGUGCCUGUUUUUUUUGUCACUGACAGCUCAGAUUAUUAGGACUCAUGUCAGACAUUACGGGAAGGAUCCCGACUGAGAAAUGAAACACUUUUCUUUACUUUUCGCUGGUACGUUUGUCAUUGUGUCUAACCAAGUCUCGUUUAAGAAGUCUUGUCCUAAAAUCUUGCGAAAGGUGACUUACUGCAGCGAAACAAUUGUGGAAACAUUAGUAUGAGUUGGAUGAUUUCCUUGUGCUUAAGCACAGAAAUCUCACGAGUGUUAUCGAAAAGGUUUUCAACAUCAUGGCUAAUUAUUUCGCUAAUUUCGACUAUAUGGAAAUGUCUGCAAAAUUUGAAGUGAGACUUGGUUACACACAGUAACAAACAGACCAGGGGUCUCAUUUAUAAACAUUACGUACGCACAAAACGAGGCCUGAAAGAGGCGGACACAACUUCCCACGUAAAAGUUGUGAUUUAUAAAAACAGACUUGAUGGGAGACACUUUGACCCAUGCUUACGAACAUUUUAGAGACAACUGGCGACAGAGAUGGAGAGGUGGAUUGUAGAAAUUGUCAAAUAUUUUUUGGUGCACACCAUUUUUGGCUUUUGUUCGUACAUACAUUUCUAGUUAGGAUCCUACGCACUGUUUUAUAAAUGAGACCCCAGAUGAGUGAAAGUUAAAAAAAACUUUAAUUCCUCUGUAGGAUCGUUUUUAUAACGUUAUCGGACACUUCUAUAAAGAUAAUGUGAGCUGUAGUCAAACCCACCAGCCUCCAUUUAAAUAAACAGUAAUUUUAGCGUGCAUAGAGGCAGCAUGUUUUCACAUCUAACUGGGUGAAUUAAGGGUUUAUUUCAACCACACCAGAGAUGGUGAUGGUUGGAACAGUGGAAAGACAAACCAAGACAGCUUUUGUUAAUUGUCUUUUGUGUGUGUCGACGUUAAAUGAAGUUUGUUUUAUGAUGAUAAAAUUACUGUCUAUUUAAAUGGAGUCUGGUUGGUUAGACUACGAUGAUUUUAGAGCUGUUUCUGGUUAAUCUAAAGGGAUUUUUCUCUGUAACAAACAGGUCUAUCUCUGUAGGGAUCCUUUCCAUAAUGUUAUCAAACACAUAUUACAAUCUGAGCCUGUCAGUGGCAAAACUUAACACUUUCACUGGACAGAAGUUGACAGUGCACAAUUGCUGAUGUGAAUAAGCCACAUCGCUGCUUGUUACAUCCGUGCAGCGCUCUCUCUCAGUACUGGACCAGUUUCAAAAAUUGUUGUCUCCAUUUGUCACUUCGACACAAAACAUGGGAAAACAGGGUCCAGGUUGAAAUGACCAAAGUUUCCCUUUAUCAUUGCUAUGUAUGAGGAGAAAACUGUGAGCUCUAACUGAUGACAUGUCUGUAGCAGAGAACGUGUCCCUCACAUACAACCCUUACAAAUUCCCUGUGCAGAGUAAAAAAGGUUAAGCUAAUUUUUCAAUUAUUGCAGGAGUGAUGGGGCUCAUGAUCCAUCUAUGGCUCUGCCCAGAUUAAAUUACUGCCGUCAGAUAAAUGAAAUAUUGGAGACAGAGAGAAAGAAAGGAGGAAAGGAAACUAUGAGAGUUGUAGUAAACCUGUACCAUGUACCCUGUAGGAGAACAUCUCCCCAUCUUGUGUCCAACGUGUCCCUCAUCUGUCACGUGUCCUAGGGCUAAGUUGUUGGUGAACAUGAAACCAUAGUGAUUUUGAAUGGUUUUGCUUUUUCAUUUAUCUCAAUAUGAUGCUCUUAAAACAGAGUCGUGUGCUUGGUUGCUGUCUACGGCUUGGCUGAAGAAAAAAAAAAUAAAUAAAUGAGGAAGUGAAUUGAUGAAAACACACACAAAAAAACAGAAGUGCCUAUUCCCAGUUUUCUUUUUCUGUGAAUCAUGUUUGAGGCUUUCUCUAAGUGUGUGCUUGCUUCGUAGGCAACGUGCAGGAAAACCCAUUUCCCUGACAUCGGCUUGUACUAUACAAUAACCUGGCACCCUGUCAUUAGGCUAUACUGUAUUGGCUCUUUGUAUGGAUGUAAAGAGAUCUUGUUGAAUACACUGUAUGUUAUAUAUUAUUGUCUUAAUUUUAAUGAAAGUGUAUGUUGAUUUUAGCAGAGCACACUUGUGAACCUGGAAUGGAUCGUUUAAGAAAAAAAGGACUCUAAUCGAUGUUAUAAAUCUGUCUGAUUUAAACACAUACUGGUGUCCAGGAAAAUCUUUUGCUGUGCUUUAUUUUUAGAAUCACAACCAGGCUUAUUUAAAGGUGUUUUGAUCACAAUAUGAACUAAUUAAGGGUCUGAAAAUAAGACUUGAAUUUGAAGAACAAUGCUGUUUUUAAUUAGUUUUCAAACGAAAGCUGAAAUGAUUCGCUCUCUCCUCCAGGACACUAAGAUCUCAUUAACAGCAUUCACUUACUCAUCCUUCAGUGAUCACAGGUAGGUUCAGUGUUCUGUGCAAUUUAAACUUGAUUUUUCAUCAGCACCUUGAGUAUGUAAAGUGUUCAAUAAAGCUGUGAAUGGCGCUUUGAGUGCAGAAUGCUGA